UUUGACACAAAGAAGAAGCUUCUAUUACUCGCCCGUACACGCUUCCUGUUUUCUGUAGGCGUUGUUUGUUUACCGAAACAUUCAAUCAAUCUCUUUAUAGAUUUGCCUGUUGGGUUUGUAAGAGAAUGACGUUUUAUCUUACUCUUCAUAUUUUACAAGCUAUUUACUUCCCUCAACCAACAUUUCCCUUUUCCUUUCCCUUCCGCUAUCUUCCAUUCACAGUUGUUUGACGUAAUAUGAAUGAAUACUAUGGAAAUUCAAGAGCAAGCUCGAGUUCUACUACAUCUAGUUUGAAUAGUAGUUCACACGGUACUGAGGAUGAUCAUACCAUUGCAAGAAUUUUAGCUGAAGAAGAAGAAAAUGCUCUCAAGUAUGGUGGCAACAAGCUUGGCAGGAGACUUUCUCAUUUGGACUCAAUCCCGCACACUCCACGGGUAAUUGGGGAGAUACCUGACCCAAAUGAUGCCACACUAGACCACGGGAGGCUCUCAAGCAGGUUAGCGACAUAUGGUCUUGCUGAAAUGCAAAUUGAAGGAGAUGGGAAUUGCCAGUUUCGGGCCCUUUCGGAUCAGUUGUAUCAUAAUCCAGAGUAUCAUAAGCAUGUAAGGAAGGAGGUUGUUAAACAGCUAAAGCACUUUAGAAAGUUAUAUGAAGGUUAUGUGCCCAUGAGAUACAAAAGCUACUUGAGGAAAAUGAAGAGGUUGGGAGAGUGGGGAGAUCAUGUCACUCUACAAGCCGCUGCCGAUAGAUUUGGGGUAAAAAUAUGUUUGGUCACGUCUUUCCGAGACAACGGCUACAUUGAUAUUCUUCCCAAGGACAUACAACCUUCUAGGGAAUUGUGGCUGAGUUUCUGGAGCGAAGUUCACUACAAUUCAUUGUACGAAAUUGGAGAGGUUCCAGCUAGAGUGUGCAGAAAGAAGCAUUGGCUUUUUUUCUAAGGCAUUCACCACCAAAAAUACUGCAUACUGUAUAUAUUAAUACAUCCUGAAGAAAUGCUUUGUCCGGUCGCUACAGAGCAUGGCAUGCACAUAUAGCAAAUCAUAUGUAUACUAUUUAUUGCUCAGUUUGUAAAAAGAAGAAAAAUAUGAUUCAAUUUUACCCGGUUUCGGGAUAUAUUAAGUAUUCUUUUCGAUCUUA